UAAAUAAAAUUUAAAUAUUUUUUAAUAUCCAAUAUCCACUCAAUUGUUGAAUGAUAACGUUAUAACAUGAAAUUAUAUAAUAGUGUUACGAAAUAGACAAUUACAGUUUGUCGAAAACUGCUACAUAAAAUUUACACUAUAAUAAAUAGGAUAAAACGCAAGAUGUGGAAAAGUAGACAUAUUUUUAUCAAAUUAUAACCACAAAUUUAAUGAAAAUAACAUGAACCCAUCAACAUAACAUUAAUAAAAUUCCAUAAGGAAUAACAAAGUAAAUAUUCCAAAACAAUUGUAGUUUUUAUUUUUAUCUAAGGAACCGUGUAAUGAUAUGAGCUCUUAUUUUAAGAAAAUUAAAUAUUAAUAAUAAAGUAAAAAAAAUCAUACUCACAAUGACUGGAAAUGAAAAGUAUGUAUGUCCUUUGCUUAAAAAUCCAGAAAGAUAUAAUCCAGAUACUUUAAAUUUGGUUGAGAAUUUACAAGCCAGGAACUAUUGGUUGCCCUGUUUAGAACAAAUGGUCAAAAAGUUUGUUAGUAAAGCUCAAUAUUUACACCCAGAUGAUCCGAAAGCUACAGAAAAAGCAGAAGUUUGUUACCAGGACUUUCACAAUCUUCUUGAACAACUUACGUCAGAUCCCAAUAUUUUAAAGCCUCUUAGUGUUAGAACUUUAUUGGAGUUUAAUGAAAAUAACCUACGAUCAAAAUAUUUUAAAGAUGCUUGGCUUGUCCAAAAAGAAAAUGAAAGUACAAAUGCUUUAUCUCAAUUUAAAUCUAGAAUUAAACAGAUAGAUUCUAUUAAGGAUUUUCAUAGCAGGUGGUUUGAGAUAAUACAAGGAGUUUUAGCUGGAAACGUUUUUGAUUGGGGUGCAAAAAUAGUUAUAGAUAUUUUAGAAAGUAAUAAAGGAAAUUUUGGUUUUGAUGAAGCAACAAAGACUAUCCAGAAGAGACCUUGGUUUUCGGAUAAAUUAGAUGAAUUUGUUGACAAGUUAAAGGUCAAACCUUAUAAAACAUGUAUUAUUUUCGUGGACAACUCAGGAUAUGACUUCGUCCUUGGAAUCCUUCCAUUGGCAAGAGAAUUUCUGUCGCAAGGAACAAAAGUUGUGCUAACUGCUAACAGCUACCCAGCUUUAAAUGACGUAACAUUUCAAGAACUUAAUAUAUAUUGUAAAAAAGCUGCGGACUAUUGUAAAAUAUUCGAAAGAAGCUUAUUCAAUGGAAAAUUAGUUACUGUAGAGAACGGACAGAAAGGACCCUGCUUAGAUUUAGCUGAUUUAUCGGCUGAACUAUGCGAAUGUAUGAAAUCAGCCGAUCUGGUUAUAAUUGAAGGAAUGGCUCGUGCUGUACAUACAAAUUUAUAUACAAAAUUAACUGUAGACUGUCUAAAACUGGCUGUGCUUAAAAACGAGUGGUUGGCUCGAAAUUUGGGAGCUGAGAAGUUUUCAGUGAUUUGUGAUUUUGACUCUGCGACUUGAGUAGUAAUAAGGUACCUGAUUAAUAAAUAUUUUAUUUUGA